AUGGCGGCGCCAGGGCUUGCUUCGCAGGCCUUCUACUCCAGCGCGGCUUUCUCUUCGCAGGGGAGUCCCUUGUAUCCCUCAGACCGCGGCGGCAGGAUGACGCUGGAGGAGAUCAAGCGUGAAUUCGCGAAAUACAAGCUCGAGUGCCCAGACACCAUGUGGCGCGAGCCGCAGACCGAGCAGGUUCAGGGGCUCUACUCCUUUGCGAUUGAGUGCAUCUUCGGCCUGACCGUGAACGAAGUGCGUAUCGAGGAAGUCACAGGCGACGUGCGCAGCUGCUUGCCGUCUAUCGAUAGUCUUCAAUUUCUCUCCCAAGAUGGGCGCCACCAUGCGAAGGCCAUCGGCAACCUUCGCUUCUUUCGUCUUUGUCAGCGACUAAACAAAGUGCUGGGACUUCCGGACUUUUCGCGGGAGAUGUUCGCCGCGCCGAGUGCGGCCGCAGUGCUGCGCUUCGCCAGCUCGGUCUGUUCCUUCCUGCGGCUGCGCGAAAACCUGCUCAAGCAGUUCGAGGUCCAGCUCCAGCAGCGCGAAGCCCUCCAACAGAACCUCGAAAAAAUAAGCGAAGACGCUCAACGCGUCGAGCAGGAGUUGCUGCGUUUCCGCGCGGAGCGACAGACGCAGCUGCCCGUCUCCCAGCAGCAGAAACAGCGCCGAGAAGAGUUGGAGGCAGAGCUGCGCAAGCGCCACGGGGAGCUUGGCGCGCUGAUGGAGGAGUUUGCGGAGCGCCAGGCUGUCCGCGGCAGACUGGAGCUCGAGCUGGGCGACCUCGUUUUGGAACUGACGAACCUGAAGCAGGAGCGCGAAGAGCUCCACGACCAAGUCGUGCAUGCGCCAGAGAAAUUGAUGGAACGACGCGACGAGCUCCGUAUGCAGCAGAAGCUCCUCGACCAGCAGCUGCAGCAGCUCGAGCGUGCGGCCGCGAGUCAACAGAAGCUUCUUCUCGCCUUCGGCAAGGCGCUCAAGAAGGCGAAGAAGGCUCUGGAGAUCCUCAGCGAACACCGCGACAAAGUCCUAGCGCCGCACCUCGCCUUCCGGAGCGACAUGCGGACGCGCGAGAAGUUCUUCCGCGAGAUCAGCGAGCAGAAGAAGAAGCUGACUCAGACUGUCCAUGAACUCCAGACAGAGCGCGCACGGCUGAAUCGCGAAUUGGAGACCCUGGAGAAGAAGACUGAGGAAGAGGAGGCGGAGCUGCGGCAGCGGCUCCUCCGCACGAAGCAAGAGACCGAAGAGCGGAAAAAAAUGAUGAUCAACCAACAGGAGAUGACCGCGGCGCUCCUGCGCGAAGCGGAGGACCUGGAGGACAGGCUGGCGCAGCAGAAGGCAGGCCAUCGCGCGCUGCUGCAUGCGAUUGAGGAAGAAAUUCAGAGAGUCCACGCUGCGUUUCUCACCUACGUCUCUCAGCUCCACUUCCUCAGAAAUCAGAUGCCGCUGUCUCUGGAUCUCUCUCAGAGCGCGUCGUUCCUCGCGGAUCACCACGCCAAGCGUUUUUCAGGUUUUUCUCCAUCCGUCGACGGCGGCCGCGAAGAUCUGUGCGCGCGCGACGCCGACUACCUCUCGGCGUCUCUCUUGGAAAGCUCUGCGCCGUUUGCCGACGACGCAAGCGAGGCCGGCGACGGCAAAGAGAAUAGGCCACUGGGCGGCACGCACGCAGACGCUCACACGCGGGGGGUCGGCGGGGAGGCUGAGGGGGCAGACAGCUUCGCGGAAGCGAAGGAGCUGCGUGGCGGGCCUGGCGCUCAUUCGGCCGCGUCGCCAGCGAAAGCGAAGAGAAUCAGCUCCCUCGAUGAGCUGGAAGAGGCCGAGCUCCGCAUGGAGGACCUGCGCGAAGGCGGAGGCGAGGAUGAAGGGUGA